ACGCGGUAAUCUUUAAAACUUAUUGCGAAAUUUGGAAAAAUCUUGCAUCUGAUAUUUAAAGUAAAUGGUUAAGGAAGAUUUUAGAUUAUUUACAUCACAAUUCUUGCUUUGGAAGAUAAGUAAAACAAGUGAAACCGCGGCACAAAAUAUAAAGAUGAAAAUUGAGAAAGUCUGAAUAAAACUAUUCUAAAGUGUUCUACUUCUUAAUCUAUAUAUGCGAAGUGUAUGUACGUUUGUGACAUCCAAAUGAAGGGAAGAACGGUUUUAGUAAUUCUUGUAACUUACUUCGGAGGUUGUUCCACUAACAUUCCGAAGCUUCCUCCUAUGAUAUGUGGUGAAGACAAUCUUUAUGGCGAGCCAAUCCAGGAGGGAACAGCUGAUAUUGAAGGCUUUCCCUGGCUUGGCUUGUUGAUUUAUCCUGUAGGCACAUCAACCCCAGUGAAAACGACAGUAGUUUUAAUCAGUAGACAGCUGGUAAUUGCUGCAGCAUUAGACAUUGACAAAUAUCCAAAACACGACUUUAGGAGUCGAGCGCGCGUCAUAUUGGGGCACAACCGCAGUGAGGGUCCCUCCAUCCGCAUCAAGGACUACACCUACCACCCUGACUUCAUGAGCACCACGUACAGCACGCUGGCUCUUAUACAGCUGGACCCCAGGCCGUUUAGAGACAAAGUGAUCCCCAUCUGUCCGCCACCCAAUGGUUUUGAUAAUGCACAAUCGAUUUACGCUUUGAGCUUGGACCACGAUUGUGACAACAGUUCCAUGGUGAAUGUGUAUAGAAUGGAGUACGUUGAUGAUACGCAUUGCCGAGAAUUUUACAGAAGAAUUGAAUUAGACAUUGAGACUAUGUGGCCUACCCACAUGGCAUGUGCACGAGCUCUAAGCGGCGGCGAAUGCGUGUGGACGAGCGGGACUGCGCUUGUGAUACAAGAUGGGGGUAAAUGGAAACUGCUAGGUUUCGGCAUUAUCGGUCCCGGUUGCGAGGCUCCGGCGCGUUUCCUGGACUACGGCAUGUACCACUUGUGGGUGAAACGAGCCAUGUCCAGCAUCGGUCAGCCGGCCAUCACCAGACUGGCACCAAACUAUUUGAUUUUAAGACGAACAACGUCAAACGUCCAGAGAUUCGGUGAAUGCGAUCCUGAGGAGACCCAGCUCACGAUGUACUCAGAUCGUACGAGAAUACAACCUCCUUUUACUUUUGAAGAUCGAGAAGGAAUUGUCAAGUAUAAUGUGACACUCCAAGAGGACAUGGAAUACCAUUGCAUUGUAUUCCGUGUGUGGAACACGUACACAAAGGACAACCCCCCCGAAAUCACCCUCCGCCGCUGGUGCACCAACCUCAACGCCAUCUGCUCAGGGUUCUCCAUGCUGACCAUAUUCUUCUACGUGGAGAUCAUAUUCAAACACGCCUGCACCUUCGAAAUUGUCGCGUACGGAACCGCAAGCAAAUACGUCGAUGCUAAGGCGUUGAUGUUGUAUUUGAAUAGCAAGAAAGUAAGACCUCAAGUGCAUGAAGCUUCGUUUAAAUAUCAAUGAUGAGGAGCUUCUUAGAUGGCCCUAGGACAACCAAUCAAAUUGCGUAAUUUCUGAGUUUAAUGUUUUUUGCGAUUUAUUUGAUUUGGACUAAGCGGCUCCACCUUGGUCAUCACGGCAAAUCCACAGAGCGCGACGAUGUUGUUCAAUUCUCUCGUAGGACGAGCGUUUGUGUGAUCCACGAAUGUUUGUCCUGAGUCUGGGUGGCU